AUGGGAGGGGCAGAGACCCAGGCGUCCGGGGCUGCCCCGCCCAACCCCCCUCCCACCCACUCCCGCCCCCCAGCCCCAGGGCACCGAGGAGGGAGCCGGGCAGGGGCAGGCGAGUCAGUGUGCGGUUUGGGAGAAAAUGUGUCGGAUAUUUUGGGGCGGUCACGUGGGCGGGCGGGCUCGGAGAGGCCCCGGGACAGUCCCAGCCUAGAGCCCGUGCCCCCCCAAAGCCCCCCAUUGCAGCGAGCCCCUGACACUGCGACGCCGCAUCCCCGCGACCGCCCGACGCCGGGACCUCGGGGCGUCUCCGGCCUCCCUUCCCCCUCCCUCCCCUCCAGGACUCUUGGAGACCCAGUGGGCAGGCCAGGAAGGGCGGGCACGGAGCCUCCCAGGCUGGGGCAGUGGGCAUGGGCGGGGGCUGUGGCUGAAGACCUCCCCCGCCCAUUGCAGACCCCAGGGGACUCAGCCUCCCUCACCACAGCGAUGGCCACCAAUAAGGAACGACUCUUUGCAGCUGGUGGCCUGGGGCCUGGAUCUGGCUACCCCGGGGCUGGCUUCCCCUUCGCCUUCCCAGGGGCUCUCAGGGGGUCUCCACCUUUCGAGAUGCUGAGUCCUAGCUUCCGGGGCCUGGGCCAGCCUGACCUCCCCAAGGAGAUGGCCUCUCUGUGUGAGUCUCAGGGACCUUGGGGGAUGAGGGCAGGGGGAAACUGGAGGACAUUUAGAGGUGGGAGCUAGAAAACAUUGGCACCCCAGUUAGCAAGGCGGGCAGGGUUGGGGGUUUGAUCUAAAGGAGUAGGGGACAGGGGUUGUGGGAGGGGGUUUGGAUGUGCAACAAAUGACAUUGUUUGCAAAUGAGAGUUCUCCUGCCCCCAAAGCCUAGAAUGUUGCCUCCUGAGUCAA